AUGGCUCUAGCUCAACGUAUGCCCACAGCGGGCUGUGAGCACCUCGACAGUGACGUCGCCGGCAAAAUCAGCGCCUUUCGUGACAGCAGCAACAACCACCUUGACCCGGACUUUGCAACAUACUCGUGCGUCUCAUGCUCUUUCUCAGGCAGCUUCACGAUGCUGGACAAGCACUUCUCCAAGUCCCAGCAUGGGUUCGCCGUCUCCCACAAGUCUGUCUACUGUGGUCACUGUAACGACCUGGUAUACGAUCCAGCCUUGUUAGUCAGCAGCGCCAAAAGCAGCGCCAUCAGUAGCAGGGUCAACGGGGUGAAACGCAAACUUGCAGAAUCCAACGAUGGGGAAGACGACUCGUAUCUGACAGCAAACACCUCGCAACGACCGUGCGGCAGGACCGGUGUUCGUGGCCUGUUCAACUUGGGGGAGACGUGCUAUAUGAACGCUGUGCUGCAGAUGAUGGUGCACAAUUCGCUGCUGGCCAGCUAUUUCUUGGGAAUGGGCCAUCCGACGCACACCUGUCCGAUCUCCAAAGAGCCCGACAAGAAGGACAAGAACGAUUCCGACGACGACGACGAUGAUGACGGGUCUGCAGUAGGCUCCCAGAUCAAGGAGCAGAAGAGUUGCGUCGCCUGUGGCAUGACGGAGCUUUUCUCUGAUGUUACUAUGGUGGAUCAGCCUCUUCCUGCUCACGCCGUCAAUCUUUUGUUCGCAUCAUGGAAGAAUAUUCCGCAAAUGUCUGGCAAAGGCCAGCAAGAUGCCCAAGAGUGGUUUAUCUGCAUCAUUGACCGCCUCCAUGAGGGAGUCGCUCAAUACGUCCCCUCUUCCGAAAACAAAUCCCAGGCCGCCAACCAGGCCAACGGGAUUGCAACGCUGGACAAACAAUGUGUAUGUUUUUUCCACAAGGUCUUCUACGGGCGCUACAAUAGCCAGAUCACUUGUGAUACGUGCCACACUGUGUCGAGCAGAGAAGACGAGUUCUCGAGCAUUUCACUAGAUUUCCAGAAACAGUUGAAGAAAAGGAAGAAGGGGGCGAAGGAUGCCGGAGCUGCGAAAGAGGCCGGGGGUGCGAAAGAUAAAGAGGCCAGUGGUGCUAGCAACGAGGGGAGCAAAGACGAUAAGCAAAAUGGCAAGGACGAGAAAGACGCCAGGAAAGGCGACAGCAACAAUAGCACCAACACCAACAAGCCGUCGUCCCAAAGGGACAAGGCCGCGGACCUCAAAAUCACCAUCCCGACCAUCCAAGACUGCCUGCGUGCAUUCACCGCCCCCGAGCCCCUAUCGCCAGAGCAAUACAGAUGCAACAAAUGCAACACGCGGCGGUCGGCCUCAAAGCAGACGCGCAUCCGGAAGCUACCCGCCAUCCUGUGCGUGCACGUCAAGAGGUUCGGCAUGAAGCAGAUUGCAAGCGGCGUGUUCGGGCCCGAGAAAUACGAAGGCAAGAUCGACUUUGGCUUGCACCUUGACAUGGCGCCGUACACGACGCGGCCGCCUGCUAGAGAUGGUGGAGCCGCAGCCGCCGCGGCUGUAAAGAAAGAGAAGAAGGACGCCGGCGGCGAGGCUGACAAGAAGGAGAAGGAGAAGGAGAGCAGCAAGAAUACGUCCGCCUCGGCCUCUACCUCUACUUCCACCAGAGGGGGUGCAAGGAAAGAGAGCGAGUUCAUAUACGACCUCGACUGCGUGGUGGUGCACCAAGGCGAGCAUGCCCAGAACGGCCACUACUUUGCCUUUUGUCGGCAGGACAACAAGUGGUUCCGCUUCGAUGACGAGAUCGUCAGCGCGACCACCACCGAGGACGUCUUGAGGCAGGAGGCCUACCUCCUGUUCUACAGCUUGCGCAGCCUCGAGAAGGUCUGA